AUGGCCAAUCUCUCUACAUCGCAGUUGUUUUUAUGGGGGCUGAAAAAGGCGUUUACUAGCCAGUUGUCUAAGUCUCAGAUCUUGAAGUCUCUCUGGAAAAAGUCUACUGCAACUUCUGUCAAUUCUCCGAACACAUUGCCGCUCGAUAUUCCGUCCAAGGAGGACAUCUAUGCUAAUAUUGCCAAGGAGCAGGCAGCGAAGGGUACCAAAAGUCCGUUUCUCAAGAUGAACCAAGGCUUCUCGUAUGCCAAACAGCUCAUCAGCUUCUACAGACAUGGAGUGUCUGUGGUGUGGCAGAACAAUAAGAAAAUGAAGGAAAUUCGGAAAAGAAAGUACAAAUUGGAAGAUCAGUUGGAUCGGGCCGGCGUGGAGACCGAUGUGGUGCUUCCACGCUUCACACCUCUAGCAAAUACCAUGGCUCAGGUGUUGUACAUGAAUCUCGUGGAAAACCGAAGUAAGAACGAGAACACAUCAAGCGACGUCAUAAGAACAGAUAAGGCUGUGGCCACAACGGUAGACGAAGGUCUAUUUCUGCUUACCAGAGCGGAAUUCCAACUAUUGAAGAGAACCCCAUCUGAUUUUGCUAAGAUCCCGAUGUUUGCUGUGCUCGUAGCGAUUUUCAUGGAGAUGACGCCAGUGCUCUGCUAUACAUUCCCGGAGGUGACACCAUCGACUUGUGUGCUUCCGUCAAUUCUUCCUCGGAUUUGGAACUCCAAAACCGGCAAGAAUCUUCGAGAGUCAAUUACCGCAGAGACUGCUGCUCCUUUGGACGAUUAUGCCAUGAAAACAGCAUACAACAUGCCCUUAGAACAUGUGCACUUGUUAACGGGUGCCUUGAGGUUGAAGAGCAAGUACAUCCCACUGGCUAUGUAUCCUAAGAGUGUCCUCCGUGCAAGACUCCAGAACUACUACAAUUAUUUGACGGUGGACAACUAUUACCUCAGUGGCUUGAAUGGUGGAGGCAAUUUGUGGGGGUUGGACAUUUCUGAGCUCGUGUUAGCUUGUUUGGAGAGAAACUUAGUGGACGAUAUCGAUGCUUUGGUUAAGAUCCAAAGCCUGGGAACGUUGGAGGAGAAGAAGGCAGAGAUCGAAAGUCUCCAAAUGAAGUUGUUCCAGUCUAUCGCAAAUCUCCAGAAUUGCAACAUUGGAUACUUGGCUAUUGGGCAUUUGUUGCCAAAGCCAGAUACUGGGGUGGAGAAGUGGAGAAACACCAUGUAA